CUUGGCAAGCUAUUCUUGCAACUCUCUAGGAACUAUUCUAGCAAUGAUGUUCUCUUUCUCGGCGAUCUAUACUGCAUGGAUGCCCUCGCCCGCAGUUCGUCUACUUGGCAGCUCGUAUUCCCUCUUGGCUUCCUGCAUCAAGGGCCAUGCGGCAGAUCGUGGACGAAGAUCAUGGCCUUAAAUGCGCCAAAACGCCAGUAUCGCGAAUUCACGAUGCGACAGAUCUUCCCCCUCCCCCAGCACAAUGGCGCCCUCCAACGAGGUGCGCGUGACGAUCGAGAACCCUGAGAACCCGGUCCCAGGCCAGGACAUCAUCGCGACAGCAACCCUCACGCUCAC